AAACCGUUGAGCCACGUGAUCUCUCUCUCUCUCUCUCUCUCUCUCUCUCUCUCUCUCUCUCUCUCUCUCUCUCUCUCUCUCUCUCUCAUGGACAAAGAAAGCAUGCUGCUUUGCGUGAAGCAUUGAGUGUGGUUAUGGUACCAGUUGGAUUAACUCUCCCUAUGGUUAGUUAGUUGUUGCUUUAGGUUAAAGCUCCUGCCAGCAGUAUAUGAGCUUGGGUGUGAUCAAAGAAGAUUCAAAGAGAAGAGGAAAUGAAAAGCGAACAAACAGUUACACCCGUCACCGCUGCGGUAAAUGUCUCGCCGGAGCUAUUUACGUAGGUAUAGCAGGAAUGGUCAUACCCCCACUUUUCCGGCGUCUAUAUCGAGUCCUAACCCCACUGAGUCAAGCUCAGUAUGUUCGUAACUGUGCUCGGGAGUGUUCAGCAUUAGCCGCUGCAGGUUGUGGAAUUGAAUCCAUGAUGAGAGGAAUCAGAGGCAAAGACGAUCUUACGAAUCACUUGGUCUCAGGAUCAGGUGCUGGGUUGGCAUACUCUUUUGUGAGGCAAGGCUUGAAACUGAAGCCUGCACACGCACUCUCCUGUGCUGCUGGUUGCGCUGUUUUGUCAGGAACAGAGUGUAAGAUGAAUGAAAUAUUCAGUGCAACAAGUGAACGUUCCACCAGGGGCAAGGCUUUUGAUAAUUGAUCCAUAUCAAGAGUUAACCACCUAUGAAAACUCGAAGCCAAGAACAUAAUUUUUUCACUGAAAUUUUAUGUCUGCUUAAUUAAAAACAACUUUAUUGAAAUAUCAAAACCGGACCUCGUAGUCUAACAUCCAACGAUCUCUUCAAUCGUUUUCGCCAUUUGAGAAAUGAGAUAAUUCUUCCAAUCA